UACAGCGAAAUAGUUGACGAACAGCUGUUGCCGGCGAAGGAAGUACCGAUUUUUAAGUCCCAAAACUUAAUCGAAACUUCAACUCUUUGGCAAGAUACUUAUUCAGAUCCAUUUUUGGACUUAGUGUAAAAGUUAUAGACGGGUAAAGUUCAAAAGGCCGCCGGUCGAGAUGGGAACUUUGUCAUUGAGCGAUUUCAAAGAGGUGAGAAUCCCAGCCCCUUGGGGUCACAUCUCCGGUCGAUGGUAUGGCAACCUCACAGAGAGACCCAUCCUGGCAAUCCACGGAUGGUUGGACAACCUGGGCACCUUCGAACGACUGAUUCCCCUUCUGCCAGAUUAUAUUGGAGUGCUCUGCAUCGAUCUACCUGGACAUGGAAGAUCCUCUCGCCUUCAGCCUGGGAUGCACUACAGCAUACAUGACUAUGUUUUCAUUAUUCCCCUCGUAAUGAAGGAGUACAGCUGGACAAAGGUUUCCCUGAUGGGUCACUCCUUAGGAGGCAUUAUCAGCUUCUUUUACACUUCUCUGGCCCCAAACACGGUGGACAUGGUCAUAUCUCUGGAUAUAUUGCUGCCCAGGCCAAUAGCAGAUAUCAGUACAGCACUACCAGACUUGGCGCAGAGCAUGGAGAAGCAUCUGGUUGAAGAGGAUCGCCAAAAGGAGGGUCAUUUACACGAGCCGCCCUCCUACACCCUCACCCAGUUGACCAAGGUCCUCGCCAAGGGCAGUUCUAAUUCCGUGACUCCUCAAUUUGCUAAGCACCUGCUCGUUCGUCAGGUUGCCAAGUCAAAACUUUACCCUGAGAAAUUCUACUUCUCUAGGGAUGGACGAGUCAAGUUUUAUCAUUCAAUGGUCGUGGAACCUGGACUUGCCGAUGAGAUGGCUAGGAGGAUCCAAAAAAAGCCAUACAUGAUUCUAAAGGGUUUGCAGUCUUCACAUGUGGGAGCUCAUUGUGACACGCCCAUUUCCAUUCUACGUGAAAAUAAUCCGCAUUUUGAGUAUUAUGAGGUGGAGGGUGGUACCCAUCAUCUUCAUCUCCAUGCCGCCGAGGAGUGUGCCCGUUACAUAGUGCCCUUCAUCAGGCACCAUCGACCUCCAACCCUGACUUCUUGGUCACUUACCGGCAAGGAGCAGCAGCUUAGCUCAACAGAGAAGCGCAGGGUUCAGGAGAGAUUCUUUGAAAGAAGUAAAAAUAAACGCAGCAAGCUUUAAAUGCUGAACUAAGUGCUUAAUCAGCUAA